UAAACUUAACACACACUCUGCUUCUUUCACAGAUGAUUCAUUUCAUUCAUUCAAUUGAAACUCUCAAUUUCCAAUUAGUUUGGAAGAAUCAGAAUGACUUCAUCCCUUCUCUACAAUCCCUCCGCCGCAAUUUCGCCAAGAUCGAGUUUUUUCCCGGCGAAAGCUCGCGGCACCCCGGGCAAGAGCAGGGUUUCGGGCAAGGAGGGCAAUUGGGCUUCGAAGAAGGCGGCGGCGGCGGCUGUGAGAGCUAGCGUGGCGGAGGCUCCGAAGGAGCUGGGCUCGAGGGCGGCGGAGAAGAAGCUGCGGAUUCUGGUGGCGGGCGGCGGGAUUGGAGGGUUGGUUUUCGCGUUGGCGGCGAAGAGGAAGGGGUUUGAUGUGGUGGUUUUUGAGAGGGAUUUGAGCGCGAUUAGAGGGGAGGGGCAGUAUAGGGGCCCCAUUCAGAUACAGAGCAACGCUUUGGCGGCUUUGGAGGCCAUUGAUAUGGGGGUUGCGGAGGAGGUUUUGAACACCGGCUGCAUCACCGGCGAUCGGAUUAACGGCUUGGUUGAUGGGAUUUCCGGCAAUUGGUACGUCAAGUUUGAUACAUUCACCCCUGCAGCAGAGAGGGGACUCCCUGUCACUAGAGUCAUCAGCCGCAUGACUUUGCAACAGAUCCUCGCUGCUGCGGUUGGGCCCGAGAUUAUCAUGAAUGAGAGCAACGUCAUGGACUUUGUCGAUGAUGGUGAAAAGGUGACUGUGAAACUCGAAAAUGGAGAGUCUUAUGAAGGUGAUCUUCUUGUUGGUGCAGACGGGAUAUGGUCAAAGGUGAGGAAGAACUUGUUCGGGCAAACUGAACCGAUAUACUCUGGCUACACGUGUUACACGGGAAUAGCAGAUUUUGUGCCUGCUGACAUUGAGACAGUAGGGUACCGCGUGUUUCUUGGCCACAAACAAUACUUUGUUUCCUCGGAUGUGGGAGGUGGGAAGAUGCAGUGGUAUGCAUUCUACAACGAAGCACCUGGUGGAGUUGAUGAUGAAAAUGGUAAAAAGGCAAGGUUGCUAAAGUUAUUUAAGGGUUGGUGUGAUAAUGUUAUGGAUUUGUUGCUUGCCACUGACGAAGAAGCAAUUCUUCGAAGAGACAUAUAUGACCGGUCUCCAAUACUUUCUUGGGGAAAGGGUCGUGUGACGUUGCUUGGUGACUCAGUCCAUGCAAUGCAGCCAAACUUGGGCCAGGGAGGGUGCAUGGCCAUUGAGGACGGAUAUCAACUUGCACUCGAGCUUGACAAGGCUACAAGGCAAAGCAUCGAGUCAGGAAGCCCAGUCGACAUAGUCUCUUCUCUAAGGAGUUAUGAGAAUGCACGAAAACUUCGUGUUGCAAUCAUUCAUGGACUUGCUAGAAUGGCUGCGAUCAUGGCAUCAACUUACAAAGCAUAUCUGGGAGUUGGGCUGGGGCCGUUGUCUUUCCUGACGCAAUUUAGAAUACCACAUCCCGGAAGAGUUGGGGGAAGGUUCUUCAUCGACAUCGGUAUGCCUCUGAUGCUGAGUUGGGUUCUUGGUGGCAACGGCUCGAAACUUGAAGGGAGAAUGCCACAAUGCCGCCUUUCCGACAAAGCUAGUGACCAGCUACGGGAAUGGUUCUCAGACGAUGAUGCUUUAGAGCGAGCUCUCGAUGCAGAUUGGUUUCUGUUUCCAAUUGGAGAUUCGACUGUAGCAUCUGAGACUAUAUUCCUGAACAGAGAUGACAACAACCCUUGCUUGAUCGGGAGUGUACCGCAUCCAGACUUCCCAGGAGUGUCAAUAGCUAUACCAUCAGCUCAGGUUUCUAAAAUGCAUGCUCGUAUAAGUUGCAAAGACGGGGCGUUUUACCUGACAGACUUGAGGAGUGAGUACGGGACCUGGAUUUCAGACAAUGAAGGCAGGCGGUAUCGUGUCUCCCCUAACCUGCCUACUCGUUUUCGGCCUACCGAUGUGAUAGAGUUUGGGGCUGAUAAGAAGGUUGUUUUUCGUGUAAAGGCUAUGAAAUAUCCUCCCAAGACGACGAAAAAGGACGGAAAUGAACUUCUGCAAGCAGUAUAGUAGGUCAGGUUGAAGAAAAGGAACUUGUACAGGAUUUGAUUGCGGCAGUGUGAAGAAGCCAGCCGAGAUUUUGACCACAGCAGAUUUAUGUGUAAAGUUUGGGGUGUUGGGAUUUUGAGAUCAUAAUUAUCAAUAGUAAUACAUGUAUAUAGAUUAUGAUUACAAUGGUAUGUCUGAUUCUAGCAUCUGUGUUGUGACUCUACCAUUAUUACUUAAAUUUUGGUUAGGUAA